AUGCAUAUUGGAAGAAUGCAGAGUCAUAGGACGGUUUCAAGGCUUCAGGUGGCAACAGGAGGAGGGAGGACCCUGAAGAGAUUGAAUCAAGAUUUCGGUGGAACCAGUGCCCAUUUGCGUAAUAGAAGGAUUUGCAGGAUUCUUAUUCUUGUGGUUGGAUUUGUGCUCAUUCUCCAAACUGUCAUUGCCAAGCCUGAGAAACGGCAAGCAGAGGGUGGACUUGCUCACAAUGAGCCACUGAACAAACCAGAGGAAGAUCGAGACAUGAUCUAUCACAGCCUGCCAGAUAAUCUUCAUCACAACCUCCAGCCAGAGAUGGUUGUGUUACGUAAGACACCAAUGAAUGAGCCCGAGGAAGACCGAGAUAUGAUUCACCACGGUGACUCAAAUAUUCUUCAACAGGAGUUCCAGGCAUUAGUUGAGCCAGCAGAGGAUCAUAACAGUGCUGAGGUUCCUAGACAUAAUCACGUAAAGCUGGUUUUGCCAUAUGACCCAUUAAAUGAGCCCGAGGAAGAUCGAGAUAUGAUCUAUCACAGCCUGCCUGAUAAUCUUCAUCACAGCCUCCACCCCCAGAUGGUUGUAUUACAUGAGACACCAAUGAAUGAGGCAGAAGAAGAUCGCGAUAUGAUCCAUCAUGGGAUCUGAAGUCCUGAUUGUCCGACAACACAGUUAUACAGCAUAGGAGAUAGAAUUUGAUUCAUCGCUGCAUUAAUUUAAAGCUUCAGAAUUCUUCCAAAUACAACCCAGAUUUAUGAAACAGAACUGAUGCAAUCAGAACUGUUUUGAA